GAGGCGGCGGUGGGGCAGCCGUGCUGUGCCGAGCCCAGCGGAGACGCGGGCCAUGCGCGUCUGCGGGCGGGAGGCAGCGGCUGGGAGCGGUGCGCGGAGGCUCCUGACUGCAAACUGCAGCAGUUCAUCAGCUGAUUGAUGAGCAGCUCAGCUGUCCCCACACCAGAGGAGGUGGCCAGGCCUCUAGACUUUCAAGCUCUGCGCUGUGCUGGUGGAUGGCAGCCCUGACUGAACCAGUCUGCAGCUGAAGAGUGCCAAAUGUGAUGUCAAGUGGUUUUGAAGAACGAAACUAGUCUUUCUCACUUUCCUUGUGGAGUAUUACCUUGGAGGCCAUAGGGCUACAAAUGUUUGGAAAGGAUGCCACAGACACCUCCCUUUGCAGCUAUGUUUGACAGCAGUGGAUACAACAGGAACCUGUAUCAGUCAAAAGAGGACAACUGUGGAGGACUCUAUUACCAUGACAACAAUCUCCUGUCAGGGUCUCUGGAAGCUCUGAUCCAGCACUUAGUACCCAAUGUAGAUUACUAUCCUGAUAGGACAUAUAUCUUCACUUUCCUUCUCAGUUCACGUCUGUUCAUGCAUCCUUACGAGCUGAUGGCCAAAGUUUGCCAUCUGUGUAUUGAGCAGCAGAGACUAAGUGAACCUGGCCUGGACAAGAACCGGAUACGAAAAAUUGCGCCCAAAAUCCUACAGCUGUUGACUGAAUGGACAGAGACAUUUCCUUAUGAUUUCCGAGAUGAAAGAAUGAUGAGAAAUUUAAAGGAGCUGGCACAACGCAUAGCCAGUGGUGAUGAGAUGUAUCGGAAGAAUGUACAGCAGCUCCUCCAGAACCUGAUUCGGAAGCUUGCCACUGUUAGCCAGUAUGAGGAAGUACUUGCAAAAAUCAGUGCAACAUCUACGGAUCGACUCACGGUCCUAAAGACCAAGCCCCAGUCCAUACAGAGGGACGUAAUCACAGUCUGCAAUGAUCCCUACACGUUAGCUCAGCAACUAACGCACAUAGAGCUUGAGAGGCUCAAUUAUAUUGGACCAGAAGAAUUUGUCCAGGCGUUUGUACAAAAGGAUCCUUUGGAUAAUGACAAGAGCUGCUACGGAGAUCAAAAGAAGACCCGUAAUCUGGAAGCCUAUGUAGAAUGGUUUAACAGGCUCAGUUACUUGGUUGCAACAGAAAUCUGUAUGCCUGUGAAGAAGAAGCACAGAGCAAGAGUGAUAGAAUAUUUCAUUGACGUGGCCCGGGAAUGUUUUAACAUUGGCAACUUUAACUCCUUAAUGGCUAUUAUUUCUGGCAUGAACAUGAGUCCUGUCUCUCGAUUAAAGAAAACUUGGGCAAAAGUGAAGACAGCCAAAUUUGAUAUUCUUGAGCAUCAGAUGGACCCUUCUAGUAAUUUUUACAAUUACCGAACUGCUCUGCGUGGAGCUGCUCAGAGGUCCUUGACAGCUCAUAGCAACAGAGAGAAGAUUGUGAUACCUUUCUUCAGCCUCUUGAUCAAAGAUCUUUACUUCCUCAAUGAGGGCUGUGCCAAUCGUCUUCCAAAUGGUCAUGUCAAUUUUGAAAAAUUUUGGGAGUUGGCAAAACAAGUGAGUGAAUUUAUGACGUGGAAGCAAGUGGAGUGUCCAUUCGAAAGGGAUCGCAAGAUCCUGCAGUACUUGCUUACUGUCCCAGUCUUCAGUGAUGAUGCACUUUACUUGGCUUCCUAUGAGAGCGAAAGUCCUGAGAAUCACAUUGAAAAGGACAGAUGGAAGACUCUGAGGUCAACGCUUCUGGGCAGAGUCUAAUGUAUGAGAUGGCUGCUAUUUCUGCCGUUGCUGCAUUACGUGGAUUAUUAAGGGGCAUGGCUUGGCUUAUUUUUUUGUGCACCGAGUGGCAUUCGGAGUAAUGAGAACUGUGCAGUCAGUCAAGAUACCGUGUCAGCAAAGAUGAAACAAGUCAACAAACAGGACAAACAGGCAGCUUCUCACAUCUGACAGAGGAGAUAAAAUCACAGCCCACUCCGUUUAAGUAUUGAUUGAGGACAGCGCUGACAGAAUACUUGGAAGAGCUCAGAUACCGCCUAUGAAUCAUUUCACACCUGGAUGGAAUAUUUUCCCAUUUCUUAUGUUGGAGCUUGCUGCUGCUAGGACUCUGCAGAGUUGAUACUAGGUUGCAGAGGGGAAAAAAAUCACCAUUCCUUUUGCUGAAACCCAAGUCUGCAUCGAAAAACUUCCAUUCUUAAUAAGCUGAAUAUAGCCAGGAACUUUGCCUAAAUCAGGAUUGCUAAGAAGGGGAAGGACUGGACACAACAAGUAGGCUGCUGGGGAGAGUUUCUCCCCACCACUGUAAUGGUGGCUAUUUUUUUUUCUUUUUCCAUUAUGUUUUUGAGUUGGCUGCUGGCAGGCAAACUCAUUAUUAUUCUAAGUUAUUUAAAAAAUAUAUAGUAAUAAAAAUCAAGACUGUGACAGAAAACACACCUGCUAGAAAAAUACAGUAGCAAUGUAGCUUGGACUAUUUUAUGUCUUGUAAGGAGUUUUUUUUCUUUCUUUCAGUUGUUUACAACUAACCACUACAUGCUACAGAUGUUCUUAUUUUUACUAUACUGUUUUGUUACUCUAAUUUUCCAUACUUGACUUUCUUCUUGUAUUAGGUUGAACAAGCUGACUUUUCUAGAACGGUCUUUGAGAAUCUGAUGUACAAACUAUGUCAAAAUAUGAAAGUAUGUUUUUAUUAAGUCAUUUUUGUAAUUGCUCUUUUUUGAAAGAGUAACAAUGGAGAGAACACAAUUCAGCUUGACUGAAAUUGCAAGAUGUCAGAAAAAGAUAAGGUUUCUUCUCAACUACAGCUGCAAACAAAACAGUCUCCCUUUGUGUUUAUUUUAUGGAUUAUCAUUAUGACUGUGAAGUAGCUCAGUAUGUUACACAUCUGAUAAGUUUGUAGUAGCUCUGAAUACUUAGCCACUCUAUCCUAGGAAGAACCUGAUGGAAAAAAAAGAAACUAGCUGUAGAUCACCCUGGCUGCAAAAUCACUAAGCAAAAGCACAUGGCAAAGAAAGGUAUUUGCAAUUACCCUGCCACUAUUAUUUUAAAAAGAAAAGAAAAAAAAAAGAAUAAAGAUAUCUGUUGCAUUGCAUCUCUGAGUUUGCAGGUAGACUGGUGUUUAAGUUUAUGCUCUGUCAAUCCCUUUUUAGGAAAGUAUUUAAUUUUUGAAUUCUGUAAGAACACGUUGAAGUACCCUUAGUCAGCAAGGAUACUGUCCUUAACUACUACCUGUCUGCUGGUACAAGGUGUUGGAAAUCACUGAAUUUCAUAUCCCAUGAACCUCAGCUAUGAAAGUGCUAGGAGACCUGAUGGUGGAAGAGGACUCUUCCCCUCCUCUCCCGUUCAGUGUGUUAAGGUGAAGGAGAAAAAAGAUGCUAACUCUUUCAAAGGAGGAAAUCCAUCUUUCAGAGAACUGCUUCUGCAGUUCACGGACUUGAAUCUCCAGCCUUCAUCAGGUGAGGUCUUUCCAGCCCUCCCCUCUUGAUUGUUCUCUUUUUAAGGCUUCUAGGCAGGACUUGAAAUCAAUUGUUGUAAAAUGCUGGGGAACAUCGUGUUUUCCUCCUCCCCUCCUUUUGGGAAUACUAUAGUACGAUCAUAAGGUACAAAAAUGAAGGUAGUGCAUAAAUGAAAAUAGUUUCCGUGACAAAAUAUUUGCUAUCAUUACCCUGCUUUUUUACAUUUUUAUUUCUAGGGGAAGCCAGAGAGUGGAACAAAGGGUUAGCUGCCUGUGGAAGUAACUUCUCUUUCCUCCUGCACUGUAACAUAGUUUGACUACCGGCCUGGCUUAGAAAUGCAUAUGUUAUUUAUGUAGUUUGAAUGAAGCAUUUGUAAAUAAAAAGAGAAACAGCAUUAAGCAGCCUCCAUCUAGAGUGUGUGCUCUCUGUGUUGUCUUGUGGGACAUGUUUUUAUGGAGGAGAGGCAGCACCGUAGCAGGGUGACUGGUAUGCAGGAGGAGGCUGCCUCCUGGGCACAGCAGCUUGGCAGCAGGUGCAGGAGCCUGGGACUGGUACUUCAAAGGGGAAUGCAAAUUCCCUUGCCCGAGGCAAGUCAGAGGCUGUUCCUUGUAGGUGUUAAUGUACUUGCUAUUUGAUGGUACAGCAAUCUGAGUCUCAUCACACAUGGUACCUUCUGUCCCAUCUUUCAAUGCAGCCACUGUGUUAGGCUUUUAACAUAAUUUUGAACAUCCUGAGCUUCUGUUAGACCAUUGAAGCAUUGGCUUGGAAACAGUCAAUAGCACUUAUCAGUAGGGAAUGAGAGGGGAAAAUGAAUCUUCUAAGGCUAACCAGCUCCUAAAGGAAACAUUACACACCCCCUGAAAUUAAGAGUUACAAGAACUCAUUAAAUGUAAAAAGUUCAGUAUUCAGCCAGGACUGAAUAUCCCAUCCCAGUUCAGUGGUGACAGAUACUCAGUGCUUAAAAGGGACAGAAGCAACACCUAAGUCUAUCCUGUAAAAAUUACUCAAACACAGCUUAUAUUUCUUUUUCCUAGUGGUGAAAGCAGAGAUAAAAAGAGUCUAGAUGUUUGGCUAAUCCCACAAGAACAAUACCUCUUCUUGUCAUGCAAAUAUUUCACAUUUCUGCUGCUCAGAGACAGCUUCAUGGCAUAAUCAUGAAGAGAAAGGUCAGUUGCAUGCAAAAAUGUGCAAAAGCCUACUUAGAAUGGUCCAUCUCUGAGAAAGCAAGCAAGAACCUAUACUACAGAAAGGUGGCCAGCUCCAAUAUAUACCACUGCCUUUUCUUCCUUUCCUUUUUUUUGCCCCCUUCCUAUACAGCUUGUUCUAGCACUAAAAAUUGCUUUUUUAGAUAAUAGACAAAUAGGCUUUCAUCUUCUAAGAUUUUCUUGAUCUCGGGAAUUUUCCCCAGUACUUGGGGCAGCAUUCCUUUUAUCGGUAGUGUGCAGUGAGAAUCCUUGUGGACUUCGUGGAGUACUUCUACUAGAAAAGUUAGAAGAACAAGCCUUUGGUAGUACACCAGCAUCUGUUAAGCUCCUCUCUGUCACUUCUUGGUUAUGCUAAGCAGGUUUUCCCCAUGUAGCAGCAAAAAGAGCAGCCGACUGGCCCCUUGAAAUUCAUUCCCUCACAGCUGCAGUUGUCCUGCUACUGCAGCUGCUGUCACAGACAGAUCCUGAUAACCUGCUUCAACCAAGCAACUGUUCCCCAGCCUGUGCUUUAUGCUUAUGGAGUCCUGUCCUCAUCUCCCAGUACGAGCGCUGCUUUUAAGCUUAAAAACACGGCUGGUAAGGAUUUUCAAGGGAACUGGUCUGUUCACAAGGUUACAGUUGCCAGGCUUCUCUAAGCUGACAGUGAAACUUAAAAUGGAUAAACUUCAAUCAGUUUUGACGUGAAAGCCUAGCUGCAAAAAGUGCACCAUUGAAGCCCACAGAUGCUUUGUCUCUGUGCUGUAUUAAGCUUUUCUGGAAUAUGUUUGUGUACAUUUUUUCCUUUUUUAGAAAAUUCUAGCUAUAUUGUGGCCUAAAAGGACAUCUUCUUAUAAGCCAAAUACAUAUGCUCUGCGUAUGUAUUUAUAUGUAUGUGCUUCAUAGAGAUUACUUUUCAGAUAGAAAAAUGUAAAGAUAAGGUGAAGAAUGCAGCGCUUUCUCAUCGGUAUUGAUGUAGCCCACAAUAAUCUGAGAGCCAGCCAUGCUGUGGGGCAGGAUAUUCUGCUAUCUAUUAGCGCUUCUCUCCCCUGUCCUGUGAAGUCCAGAGGUGAGAAAGGGAAGUUGUUCUUAGGUGGACUUCCCAGCUGCAGUGGAAAGCAGCAUCAAGACCCAUUCAGUUCCAGCAAAGGAUAAAGAAAGCAAAGCCUCAGUCUCCGUGUUACAGCAGGAUACUUUUGUAAGCCCUGAAGUUUGAUCUUACAGUUGAAAGUCGAGAUGACAUAACUUUCCUUAGAAAGAACCAGCAUGACAUACACCAAUCCAUGCAGCUUUAAUAAACACUGAUGACAAAAAAAGAAAAUCCUUAGCCUUUCAAGUAUUUUCUUUAUGGUAUGGUAACUUUAUAGCAUUUAGAUUCUGGAUGCCUCACUGCUUUUUAAAUGUUUUUCUCUGGGAGAAAAGUUUAUAUAAAAGAGCAUCACAAAUGGCUGUGGCUGAAAGCUCAAGGCAGAUGAUUCAGAAUAGAGUGAAUCAUGGGAAAGGAAGUUCAAAGAAACAUAUCUUGCUAUCAGUGAAACAAAUCAAUCGUAUUUCUGCAAAAUGAUUUUCUAAAGCUGUCUCCAAAUUCAGAAAUAUGUUGUGAAGCUACUGUGGGAGGCAUUACAAAAAACACCUUGAUGAUUUGUUUUCUAUUUAACCAUAAAGGUAUUUUCGCAGUAUGUGGACGAUGACGUUUCUUCCCAGAGAAGGUUUUGUCUUUGUGUGUGUGACUGUGAUGGAGGAUUUACUAUUUCUCAGGAAAACCAACAUAUACUUGGCUAUGUCUUUUCAGACUGGGCCAUCUUCCACAUUCGUAUCAUCAGCCCAUUCAAAAUCGAAAGUUUGCGAUGAUAAGAAUAAAAUGCAGCAAAUGUGAAAAAUCUAUGCUUCUUGCUGAUUUCAACAUCUACAAGAGGAAUGUUUUAGUGAAGGUUGGUAGAAAGGCAGAAAUACAACUUAGGGCUGGGAGCAAGUCAAUUUCUUCAGAAGAAGUUGGACUUUCCUUAGACCUCCUUUCUUCCCCAGACAGUUUGGACAGUUGCAGUUUUGCCCUUCCUUAAAAGAAGUUAGAGGAAGCAUUUAUGGAAUAGAAAGGAGGAUUUGGUAGGAAAAGGGUUAGGACCUUUUUCUGAGAUGGUAAUCACCUACUUGGGAUCAGAGGUAUUGAAUAGAAAUGCAAGUAUGCAAAGCUUGGGAUACAGUGUUUCUUUUACAUAUAUAUAUAUAUAAUAUAUAGAACUAUGGGCUUGCUGACACAGAAGCUCCACUCAUACCCAGAAAUGCCAUAGCAAUGUUGUUACAAAGGGAAUCAGAGACAUGCUAUACCUAUUAAACCAGACAAUAGAGAUCUCGUGUGCUUAAAAAAGAAAUGACAGCAGAGUAAAAUGUGAAAUGGUAACAGGAUUAACAAGUUGAUUUGAAAUCAGAGCCAUUAGUCAGGAAUGUACUUACCAGUCUGGAUAGGAGAUAGGUUAGAAACUUAGUAUGCAAAGUAUGAGACACAAGAAGUAAAGGAUUAUGUUUAUGGGGAUGCAUUUUCCUACCAGGUGAUGUUUCUUGCCACCAUUGCUGCUAGAGUAAUGAUCUACUCUGCUGUUAACAAUGGAGAAUGAUAUGUUUUUUCUUAAUUUCUCCUUGAGCAAAUCUGUAACUUUUUUGGUACUAUUUUCUGUCUGACAGGUUAGAAUCAUGCCUAGAGGAAAUAGCAAGUGUUUGGUCCCCAUGUAAGCCCAGCUAAUUUGACAAUCAACAGAGCUAAUUUUCAGAGGCCAAUUGUCCCCUAUUAAAAAUAUGUUUAUACUACUAAAUGUUUUUAAGCAACAUUGCAGAGAACAGAUCUCAUCUGAAAAUCCAACUCUAAUUCUGAGGGCUGAGUAUUAAAGAAAUCUGGCCUGUAAAUCUCCGCUUUAGGUACAAAUACUAGUCAACUGUAACCACUGGCAGCUGAGGAACAGGAGAAAGAGGGAGAUGCAUCUUGUGCACUUCUGAUUAUAUGCUAUGAUUAUAAUGUAGGUCAUCUACAGUCUUUUCACCAUUGUUUACCCAGCUGCUAAAACAGGGUUCAAAUGUUUCUGCCUUGCAUAAUUAUUAAGAAAUUAAAUUUUGUUUCUCUGAAAAAUGUGAUUCACAAAUAAAAGUAUAAUAUUGUGCUUUGUUAA